AUGACAGCCAGGCGAACAGCAGGAGCAAUUGAGAGGAAAGUACAUUGUUACAGAUGAACCAAAACGGCUCUUUUGAUCCUCAAUCACAAAACUAUUGUAGGUUUAAAGAACGGUUUAUUGGUGAGGUUGUGUUACAUGCAGAAGCGACAAUGCCAGGAGCUGAAUUUACUGCCAUGGACAACUCGUGUCAGGCCUUGUGCCACACUUUAGUCAUGCAAAAUGGCCUUCAGCCUGAAAACACGGACAUCUCACAGUCUGUCCUAUACACAUCCAUCAUGGGACUACUACUGGUGACAGAUGAGAAAGAGCUCCAACUGGGCAGUGGACAAGUUGGACUGCGUAACGUUGGAAAUACUUGUUUCCUCAAUGCCAUAGUGCAGUGUCUCUCUCACACUCGUAGUCUUAGGGACUACUGUCUGUUGAAAGUCGUCUACCUUCAGGAUAAGCACUCCAACCAAGAGCCUGUUCUUAUGAAUGAGUUCUCCAAUGUUUUGGCUGGCCUGUGGGAUUGUGAUGGUGGGGAAACCACAGUUAACCCUGGGAAGUUUUAUCACAUAUUUAAAGAAGCAGUGCCUUACUUCAGUGGGUAUAGUCAGCAAGACGCUCAGGAGUUCUUACGUUUCCUUCUGGACAGGCUGCACACAGAAAUAAACCGUCAGACUUCUAAACAUCCUGCAGUUAUUGAAAUGAAGGAACCAACAUGCACUCGAUUCAGGAUUUCAGAGGAGGCAUUUGCCAUGUGGCAAAGACAUCUUGACAGGGAUGACAGUAAGAUUGUUGAUUUGUUCUCUGGUCAGCUGCAGCUGAGCUCCUUGCACUGUUCUGUCUGCUCCCAUUACUCCAACACCUUUGAUGUGUUUUGUGACCUGUCACUCCCCAUCCCAAAGAAGAGUAAUUAUGGCCGAAUUGUCACACUUAGAGAGUGUCUAGACCUCUUCUCACAAGAAGAAAACCUUGACAAAGAAAAGACACCAAUGUGUGAGCGGUGUAAUCGUCAUACCAAGAGCACAAAAAGACUAACCAUCCAACGGUUCCCAAGAAUCCUUGUACUACACUUAAAUCGAUUUACUAUGUCAAGGUACUCCAUCUGUAAAAGCACAGUGUCUGUUUCCUUCCCCUUGACUGGGCUGGAUAUGGGGCCAUUUGGACCUGUUGACUGUGGUCCUGUGCUGUAUGAUCUGUAUGCAGUGUGCAAUCAUUCAGGCACAGUAAAUAUGGGUCACUACAUGGCUGCAUGUCGAGUGGAGGAGGGCUGGUGCAAUUACAAUGACUCAUGUGUGAGCACAAUAUCGGAGGAGAAACUUCAGUCCAAUCAGGCAUAUGUUCUCUUCUAUGAGCUGAAAAGCUGCAGUAUCAGCAGGAAAUGAGGACCAAUGACACUCGUUUUUACAAAAGAUUAUUUGGCAGUCAUCAGAUGUUUCACUUUGAUGAAAUGGACUAGGUUGAUGUUGAGGGUGCUAAUGGUCAUGUCUUGUAAUUGCUCUUUAGACAAUAUAUAUAUAUAUAUAUAUACAGU